AUGGAUUCUUCUCCGUUCUUCCAGUCCACAAUCUCCCAUCCAUCCUCAAAAUCUUCACUGGAAUCAUCUCAGGCACCUCUCCUCCCAUUCAACUUCGACGACUCCGACGACAUGCUCCUCUUAAACAUGAUGUUAGUGUCAGCCGCUUCGUCAGCUGACGCAGAAGAUUCCACUUUUGCCGCCGGGUCUCAGCCAAAGAAGCAGAGCAGCAGCUAUAGGGGCGUUCGCCGGCGGCCGUGGGGUAAGUUCGCCGCUGAGAUCAGAGACUCGACGCGGCGAGGCGUGAGAGUGUGGUUAGGAACGUUUGACACGCCGGAGGAGGCGGCGCUGGCUUAUGACCAGGCUGCCUUCUCCAUGAGAGGGCCAAUGGCAAUGCUGAAUUUUCCGGUGGAGAAAGUCAAGGAGUCGCUCAGAGGAGUUACGUAUGGUGAGGAAGGGUGCUCGCCGGUGGUAGCACUGAAGCGGCGCCAUUCUGUACAUCGGAAGUCGGCGGCGAAGAGGAAGGAGGUGGAAAGCGUGGUGGAGUUAGAAGACUUGGGAGCUGAAUACUUGGAAGAGCUGCUCAGAGUCUCUGACGUGCCUGCAAGCUGCUGCUGA